ACAAAGUGCAAAAAAAGAAAGCUAUUUCUGAAUAAAUGGUAUGUCCAUUAAGCUUGUGCAAGUCAUCUUCUUGUUCCGGAAUUAGGGUUUUCAACAGUUAUUUGGCUCCAAAUCUCCCCCAUUCGCCAAGGUCAAUCAUUGUUCUACCAAGUUGCGAUUUGAACAAUUCCGACAAGAUGUCCUACUUGAAGCAUUUUCUUGGUGAUGGAAUUGAAUUUCCAAUACUGAUUUUACAUUACAAAUUGCAUUUUUCAGGUUUGACUUGUACCUCAUCAGCCAAGUCUUUUUGUGGCAAAUCAAAAUACAUUUAAACUAACCAGACUACAAGCAAGCUAUACUGAUUGACUCUGUUUGAACAAAAUGACAGAAAUCCUUAGCUACACAGCUUCUAGACAGUUAUCUCAAAUGUUCUCUGCAGUUGUCUUCUUUCACGGUUCUGAGUAUUUGCUAGCAGCUGUCAUUCAUGGGAGAUCAAAUAUAACUCUGAAAUCACUUUUGGUUAGCAGACACUAUGUUCUGGCGAUGAUCUUCUCGGUGCUUGAAUACAUCAUUGAGAUUAUUUUAGUACCCGAGAUUAAGGAACACUGGGUGCUCAGUAAUUUGGGUCUGGCACUGGUUGUGAUUGGGGAAAUUGUAAGGAAGAUGGGAAUUUUGACAGCUUGGAAAGCCUUUACACAUCUUAUAAAGAUAUACCACGACGAUGAUCACAAGCUGGUUACCCAUGGCAUAUAUGGAUAUAUUCGUCAUCCAGGGUACUGUGGGUUCCUCGUUUGGUCUGUUGGCACUCAAAUAAUGCUUUGCAAUCCCAUAUCAACUAUUGCCUUUGCAGCUGUUGUCUGGCGUUUUUUUGCUAAGAGAAUACCUUACGAAGAAUUCUUUUUGAGACAGUUUUUUGGAAGAGAGUAUGAGCAAUAUGCCCGAAGAGUGAGGUCAGGGGUGCCAUUUGUGAAAUGAAGACUGGUCAAUUCAGUGAGCUGAGCGAUAUUCUGUCACCAUGUAUUCCAAGUAAUGAAGGAAGUUUGAACCAUUUUUCUCUCGAACAGUUUUGAUCCAUGUUUCACAUUGGUGGAGGUGUAAAGUGCUUGCUUUAUGCUUUUGUGGCUAUGGCAACAUCUCCUUUCACUAUAUGCAGCUGUGCUUGUGUGGAGCAUCUGAAAACGAAAGUCAGGAUUGGGGUUAGAUAGUGUUCCAUAUUAGGUUUUUCGUGGUCUGGACUAGAUUGUUGCAUGUUAUUCGUGGAACUUUUUGCUAGCCUACUGAUUUUAACGCUGGCAAUGAUUAUUACAUCCUCUCGUCAGCAUGUUCUGAUGUGUAAAAUUUAGCUUAGCUAUUUAACAAGGAUUCUGUUUUUUAGGUAUCGGCUUUUGGCUGCGUCUUGCUGCAACAUUUGCAGUCUUGUAAGGUGUCACUGCAAGGCUAAAAGCUAGAAAAAUAAAUUGUCACUAAUGAGCAGCAGUACUACCAUUAGAUUGUAUAUCAUGUAUCGUCUACUGCAUCUCUACUAGGAUUUUUUGCCCAGCAAAA